UCAACUGUCUCCCGAGUUCGGCUUGGCGACUAUUAUUACUAUGGAUGGGGUACCGAAAAGGAUUUUACAAUGGCGAUUCAACAGUACCGCAUUGCUUCGGAUAUGCAACGCAAUUCACAAGCUAUGUUCAACCUGGCCUAUAUGCAUGAGCAUGGAGAAGGUUUUAAGCGAACACUAACAUAUGGUUCAAGGGGUGCUGAUUCUGUGCAUGAGGCCACGGCAGAGCAUAGACUACGCAUUUAUAGGAAAAUGAAGCUAAAGAAGAUAGAGAAUCAUGCGGUGCCAUAA